AUGAAUUUGCAGCAGCAGCAGCAGCAGUUUCACCACUUGGGAAACUUCCCUGAGCAGGCGGGCCUGAGCCUGAACCUGGGGGCGCCUGUUCAAAAUCCGUUAAGAGGGCGGGUACUGGCCGCGCCCGGUCUGUUCUCUCUCGCGAGAACCAAGGCGUUGGGCUUCUUGGCUUGUGAGUCUCCCGGAGAAAGUGCAAUGGCGCCGGGUAGGUGCGAGCGGCUCUUCUCGCUGGAGCUGGUCGUUGACUGGGUACGUCUUGAAAGCGGGCUGCCGCCUCCCGAAGUCGCAGUGGAGGCGGAGCGGGAGGCGGAGGCGGCGCCCCCGCAGAGUUCAUCUCGCCCCCUGCGGCCCGCCGUGGCCUUCCGCCUGCUGGACUUCCCCACGCUGCUGGUUUACCCUCCUGGCGGCCCGACUGCCCGCGCCCCGGAACCCCAGCCCGGGCUGUUCAGCUUUGGUCGCGGCAAGUCCUGUCUCUUCCGCUGGCACCCUGCCACCCUGCGCCGCCUGCUCCUGGGGACCCCGCUCUACACCAUGCUGUUGCACCUGCCUCCUGGGCACCCAACUCCUGCCCCGCAGCUUCUGGGCGCCUGCAGCAUCUCCCUGGGGAACUUGGUUCAUAGAGUCCUGGCUCGCACCUCUUCCAGCUGCACCCAGGGCCAUCGGGGCAGCUUCUCGCUGCACAAUGAAGUGGGCGAGCUCAUUGGGGAUAUCGCCUUGGCCUACCGCCUGGCUGACCUGGGAAGCACCUUGCUGGGUCAUCUUGAGCGUCCAGUCACUUCUGUGGCAGUUGGAGUGGAAGCAGUGGAACUGCAGAAAGCUCCAGAGGUCAGUUCAGAAAGCCAGCGGGGAAAACAGGCAGCCUCAGACUCAAACUCACUAGAUGCUGGUAAGCCGCUGGUAGCUUUAAAACCCCCAAAGAAGCUGAAAGAUUUGAAGGCAGUAGUUGUCCAGAGUGAGGCCAACUCUGCUAGUACUGGUUCUGUGGAGAAUGGGGUAGCCAGUGCUGCUAGUUCCCCAAAUCAGGACAUCAGAGAGCUGGACACUGAAACCAACAUAUUUUGCCCUCCUCCUCUGUAUUAUACUCAUUUGCCCCCUCCAAAGAUGCCCCCUUUACAGCAUAAAAUCACCAUUAAGCCACAAGUGAGUCUACCAGAGGAAUUUGAUGGUGCAUCAGUGGAAGAAAGACCUGCAAAUCCCCCAACACAUAGUAGUCAUCUAAAACAUACAAAUUGUACAGCACAGAGGACAACUCCCAUGCUUAUAAACCCUCCUCCACACGUACAGGAUGUAGGAGGAAGUAGUCAAACUAGUUAUCUUCCUCAAAGUGAACAAGAUAGAAUUAAUAUGAUAAGCCAGCUGCCUUUGCUAAAUGCUUUGUUGGUUGAGUUGUCUGUGUUAUACAACCAACCCAUGGCCAGUCCUACUCGUAUACAUCCUCACUUAUCCUGGUUAUAUAGAAGUGAGAAUAAGAAGUCACCAGAAUCUUAUGCCAAACCCACCUUUGAUUCUGCAAGGAAAGACAAACUCUCUACUGAUGGAAAUGAAAAGGCAGUGAGUCCUCAGUAUAAAGAAAAUCAAGUUGCAAAUCUAAAGAAAGGCAGAUACUUUAGAAAUAGUGGUAUAGUCCCCAACAGAGUCCCAAGAGGAAAGCUACUUUAUGGCUUAACAAAUACACUUAAACUUCGUUUAAAGCAAACAAACCCUGCUAUGUUGGUAGUCCAUGAAAAGAGAGAACAGUAUAGAAAAAUGCAAGCACAAAUGUUAGGUGCAAAACUCGGAAUUACAUCUUCCAAAAUUAAAGUAGUGAACUUUGCAAAACAUCAGCAAGAGCACCAAAUGCCCAAAGAUCAGCAUUUAGAAUCAGUCGCAUCUUUUUCAGAAAUUCAAGAAUUCUCAGAGCAGACCAGUGGGGCUUUUGAUAAUCCCGGCUCAACUACAGAAACUAAACUGAACUGUGCAACUGAAAAGACAGUUGAUGGUGAGAGUAGUACCAAGAGUGGUGCACUGGAAGGAAGGAAGAAUCAAAGUAAUCCCACUGUCCCAGGAAGGCUUAUUCAUACAAACAGUCUGGGAGGAAAAGUAGAAAUGAAAGUCCAAAAUACACUUGUUUACCAACAGUUUGAAGAUGUUAGCCGAAUUGUAGUUGUUGAUAAGGAAAUAGAUGACAGGGAGAUUAAAAUCACUGAGUCUGACUUUCUUACUGCUGACAAGUGUGAAGAUAAGCCAUGUAAAAAUAGUUGCUCUGAAAGCAUAUCUGAACUAAACUAUUCAGAUGAUUUCACCAGCUCUUGCUACUUUGAAGAAUCUGAUACUAAUGAGGCUACUAGCAGAAUUCUACCAACUUGCAACAGCAGUCCCAGGGCUGGAGCCUCAAAGCAUAGUCAAUAUACACAUAAAUCUAGAGAAACAAGAUUGUCUACAAGAGAAACUAGCAGCGAAAAGAGCUCUUUUCUUAGCCCACCUUUUUCAAUUGGGUCACCAGUACACUCACAGAAAAGGUCACCUAUUGUAAUGAAGCUAGAUAGAAGUUUAGAGGAAUCAUCUAGUACCUCCAUAAAUGAUUUCUCUUCAUUACACUGGACUGAGAAAAAAGGAAACUCCAUAUCCCAAAAUAGUGUGCUUGGUUGUAAAAUCACAAAGAUGGAUAAAGAUAUUUCAGUUAAACUGGAAACAAGAACUGAUUGCAAGUCUUUAGAAAAAAGCCAGUCACUUCAGACAUCUCAAGUGAGUUCUUAUAUAUCAUCUAAUUUGACAGAACUAAAAGACAAUGACCUGGAUAGCAGUGUAUCAGAAAACUUUGAAGAAGACGAUGUUGAAAUUGGUUCACUAAAUAUAUCCAAGCAAUGCAAAGAUAUUUCUGACUUAGUAGUAAAUAAACUUCCAGGAUAUACAGUAUAAAUGUGUGAUUUUGAAAUAUAUUGAUUAUAUACUAAUAGAUUUUUGAAUAAUUCUUUUUUAAAAGUGAAAACUUGAUGUUCUGUUUGUUUAAUUAAUGCUAACCCAAUGAAUAUGACAGUAUUGAUCAUGAAACUACAAUAUUAUGUAGGCAAGAUUUAAUUUGUUGACUCUUAAAUGAAUAAAAUAUUUGUUUCCCCAAA